CCGCGGGCGCGCGCUAUUCUACUAUUCUACAGCUGUGUUUGUCUGGGAGUUGAUUGAUCGAUCGCCAAGGUCCGUGCAGCAGGCAGUACAUACAGUACCCUUUCAGACAUGUUUUCCAAGCUGAUCCAGAGGCGCACUUUGGGUGCCCUCUACUGCAACCUCAAAGCACCAAUGAGCUCAGCUGGGACAGCUGCGACCGAGAAACCAGUGGAAGAGUCGCUAACCUCAGAAUAUGUGUUCGACAGAGAAGCUAAAUAUGGAGCACACAACUACCACCCACUCCCUGUAGCACUUGAACGUGGGGAAGGUAUAUAUGUAUGGGAUGUGGAAGGCCGAAGGUAUUUUGACUUUCUGAGUGCUUACAGUGCGGUGAACCAAGGACAUUGCCACCCAAAGAUAGUCAGCGCCCUGAAGGCUCAGGCAGACAAACUGACACUCACAUCAAGGGCUUUCUACAAUGAUGUGCUGGGAGAGUAUGAAGAGUACAUAACCAAGCUGUUCAACUACAACAAAGUGCUGCCCAUGAACACAGGUGUUGAAGGUGGAGAAACUGCCUGCAAACUGGCUCGCAAGUGGGCAUAUACGGUGAAGGGCGUUCCAAAGUACAAGGCACAGAUUAUUUUUGCCGCUGGCAACUUCUGGGGAAGGACACUGUCUGCUAUAUCAAGCUCUACAGACCCAUCCAGCUAUGAGGGCUUUGGACCGUUCAUGCCUGGCUUUAAAAUAAUUCCUUACAAUGACCUACCUGCCCUUGAGCGAGCUCUACAAGACCCAAAUGUGGCUGCUUUCAUGGUGGAACCAAUUCAGGGUGAAGCUGGGGUUAUCGUUCCUGAUGAGGGAUACCUCACUGGGGUGCGAAAGCUGUGUACAGCACACAAUGUACUGUUCAUUGCAGAUGAGGUACAGACUGGAUUGGCCAGAACCGGCAAGAUGCUUGCAGUGGAUCACGAAAAUGUCCGACCAGAUAUUGUAACACUUGGAAAAGCACUCUCUGGAGGAGUUUACCCUGUCUCUGCUGUCCUUUGUGAUGAUGAGGUGAUGCUGACCAUUAAGCCAGGUGAACAUGGCUCAACCUAUGGGGGCAAUCCGUUGGCAUGUCGUGUGGCAAUGGCUUCUCUUGAGGUCAUUGAAGAGGAAAAUUUGGCUGAAAAUGCCAGAAAAAUGGGAGAAUUGCUCAGAGCAGAGCUAAUGAAGACUCCAAAUGACAUAGUUACCAGCGUGAGAGGGAAAGGAUUACUGAAUGCUAUUGUUAUAAAGCAAACUAAAGACUGUGAUGCCUGGAAGGUUUGUCUUCGAUUACGUGACAAUGGACUUCUUGCCAAGCCCACUCAUGGUGAUGUCAUCAGACUGGCUCCUCCCCUUAUAAUUAAGGAAGAUGAGAUCAGAGAAUGUAUUGACAUCAUCCACAAGACCAUUCUUUCAUUCUGAGCACCCUGAUUAUUAAUCCAACAUCUCACUAGCUCCUCAUGUUCUUGGGUAUUCUAGAAAAGGUUUACAGCAGUGGAAACUGACCUGGACCUUUGGCUAUCACAAACAUCUGUAUGUGACACUCAUUCCCUCAAAGGGGCGUCAAGCAUUUGCUUUGUCUUUUUCCAGGUUAAUGGAAAACCGUUAGUGAAUGUACUGAAGUGUUAAUAGAUUUAUUUAACUUUUUGUUGUAUAGCUUGAAUUUAAUAAGUUGCAAAAGGUAUUGUAUUAGGUUUGCAUGAAAUAAAGAACUGGUACUAUGAA